GAAGAUAAUCAUCCAUACUAAACACCUGGAACUUUGAAAAUUUUACUGUCGUAACACUAGAUAAUGUUAUAUUGUUAUGUUAUUUGGUGAUGCAACUUUAAAGUGGAAUACAAGAUGCCAGCUGUUGAAGAUCUAAGUACUGAAUCAAACUUCAUUGCACAUUGGAUGUCUGACACUUCCCGUGCUGGAGUCUUACUAGAUCCUAAUUUUCCUAGGCUGAAAAUCAACAAAGAAAGUGUGUUAUCUGGACAUGAAAACAUCACAGCUUUCCUUGCAGAAGUGCAGCAUCUUUCAAACAGCUGCUCUCUAAGUGAGGACUCCUUGUGUGAAGAACAAAUACUGGAAGCUGGCAGCUCUUGUAGACUUCAGCAGCAAACCACUGAAACAUCUUUUUCAGCAGCAGCAUAUAAUUUAGAAGCCUCUCAAACAGAACUUGUCCAUGGUGAAGUAAAUGGUCAGAAUAAAUCAGAUUACAAUGAUCCACUCUUACAAAAGCUUGAACAGCUGAAGGAAUUGCAGCAACAGAAACAGGAACAGCUAAAGAAACAACAGAUGGAACAACUUCAAAAGCUUAUGGAAGAGCAGCAGAAGCUACUUAGCAUGGUAUCUGGCCAGAAGGCAGUUCUUGGCUCUCCUCUAGUAGCUGAAGGUCAAAACCUAAGAUCUGAACAUUCAGUGGGCUUGACAGCUUUGCACCAGUUUCCAUCAUCUGUGUAUCAGAACUGCAGUGAAGACAGAGCUUUUGCUCUGAAUAAUGUUUCUUCACGUACACAGGACAGUGGAUUUUUACAAACGUUAAACAACAAGGAAUGCAUCUCAUCUUUCAAGAGCACUCUUUCAGCAGUCUCUGCCUGUGAGAAACAAUGCCUGGGUGUGCCUCUGAAAAUGAGGAAUUUCUUGAGAAACAAUGAGGAAGACAACUAUACCACUGGAAAAAACAUAAGGUAUCCAGAACAAAAGAUGGAAAAAUCCAUGGAGAACAAAGACUGUCACACUGAUCACGCAUGUGUUGCAAGUGCAGAUUUCUCAGAAAACGUGAAUGGAGAAAAACACUUACGGGUGACCAAUACAGAGGAACGACCUAUCAAAGCUGGGAUUCAGGAGAAGAAACAGACGUUUGAAGAAUUCCUGGAAGAACAGAUACAACUAGAAGAACAGCGUCUGAAGCAAAAUCGAGAGUUACAGGAGACAAAUAGAUCAACCAUUCAAAAACCAGUGAUCAAACGACCCUUCCUGAAAAGAGGAGAAGGCUUAACAAGGUUUACUAACGCCAAAUCUAAGAUAACAAAACUUAGAGAAAGCAACCUAAAACCUCAACAAAGUGCUUCAGAGGACAGAAAUGUUAAAGUAGACCGAUCACAAAUACAGAAAAAAACUGUGCCUCUUGGUAAAGAACUGGUUUCUGAGAACUCUUUUGCACUAUGUAAAAAAUAUAACCAGUCUGUUAAAGCAAAGCGUGGUCCUAUUCAGAAGACCCUGGUACUCAGGAAUCACAAUGGAAAAAAUAUCUUUCCAUUAGAAACGAGAGUGCAAACAGGAAAGAAUCUUCAUGGACAGAUGAGAGAUUCUUUCCCAUCAGAAAUGAACAAAAUAGAAAAUAAAGAGAACAUCAUGGAAUUUGCUCAAUCUGUUCACACUGGCAGCAGAAUCAGAAAAAAAUUACCUGACACAGAAAAGUCUCGUGAGCUGACCAGUGCCUUUUCUAAUUCUAAAUGUUCUAUAAGACACCCUGUGAAAGAGCCAGAACUGUCUUUUGAAGUUUCAUUUCAGAAUAAAUUGGAAAACUGGGAAAAAGAAAAGGAAAAAGAAAAUCUAGAAUUAGAUGAGUUCUUGUUUCUAGAACAAGCUGCAGAUGAAAUAUCUUUCUCCAGUAAUUCCUCAUUUGUGCAAAGGAUCUUAGAUCAAGAUCAGCAGACUUUAAAAGGACGUAGAAUGUCAUCUACCCCUAUCAAGGCAAAACAACAGCAAGUAAAUGCACUGGCUAUUACACUUAAAAAUAAGAAAAAUAAAAAGGCAAACUCUGACACACAGGGAAAUAAAAAUGACAGAGCAGUUAUGCAUACAGUAUCAACUUCAGGAACAGCUCUUAGAUUGAAGGAUCAGCUCAAUAAAGCAGAUGAUAGUAUAAUAUUUUCGGCUUCUUCCGUGACAGCAAACCCUGCUUUAAAAAGUACUCAAUGGAUUGUAAAUGAAGAUAAGGAUGAAGGAAACAGUGAUAUUACUACAGAUUCUGAGAAAGAAUCUGAGACCACAUUAAAAUGCGAAAGUGAAGAUGCUAAUACAUCCCUUAUGAGCCAUAGAGAAAGCGAUCCGGAAUUUUUUGGUUAUGGAGGCUCUGUUACAGACAUUAGCAAAGAAAGAAAAAAUGGAGAUGCUGACCUUGACUUAUCAGACAAAGACUGCAGUGUCCUGUCAAAGCCAAGAAAAGCUUCAGACCAUCAGAGAAGUGUGCCUUGUACAAAUAGGAGCAGGUUUGAGUUUGAUGAUGAAAGAACAUGGAGUGAUCUUGAUGAAAAUUAUGUGCAAAAUGAUUUACCUGAAAAACAUACAACUGAAAUGCACCUACAGACAGACUUUUCCUGUAAAAAUAUCUUUGUCUCAGAUAAAACAAUAAAGAGAAAAGUUGCCUCAAAGAGGGGAGAUGAAUUGUCUAAACAGCCUACAGUGGAUGGCGAAUCAAAUGGACCUCCUGUAUCAAACCUGAUGAUGAAACUGUUUCCUUCACUGAAACCAAAACAGAAGACAGGCUGUCAUUCAGAACAUGAAAUCAAAUCAAAUGUGGAGCAGGAGCCAGGAGGAAACACUGUUCCGUCCCAGAUACUGAGAAAGAGACUCAUUGAACUGGAAACUGAAAUUGAGAGAUUCAGAGCUGAAAACGCAAGUCUAACUAAACUCCGGGAAGAGAGAGAGCAUGCCUUGGCAAAUCUCAGGAAAGAAAUUGCAGGCUUUCAGCAGCAGAAAGCCCAAGAACUGGCAGAAAUAGAAGAAUAUAAAAAGAAAGAAAUGAAGAAACUGCAAAAAGAACGUAAAGUUUUUGAAAAAUAUACUACAGAAGCUAGAGCAAUCCCAGAUAAAAAAGAACGCGAUGAAAUUCAGGCUUUAAAGCAGCAGAUUGCAGAGUUACAGGAAGAUAUAAAACGAAAAGAGACAAAAUGGUUAACUACUCAUCGACGCCUUAGAGAUCAAAUAGAAGCUUUAGUAAAUGAGAAUUUUGAGCUAAAACAAGAAAUCAAAAUUAUGGAGAAGUUUCGUCUAGAAGCCUGGAAGAAAGCUGAAGGUGCUGGAAACAAGAGGAAACUUGAAAAUUUGGGGAUAAAAAGAGCAGAAUCUGUCUGUCUGCCCAGUAGAGGCCAGAAAAGUCAAACUCCGCCUCCAAUUCUUCCAGCACAAAAGUGCAGCAAGAUAAAUGACAAAAGUUAUUCACAGGCAAAAGGAAAGCUUCCUAGAAUACCUAAGUCAGCACCUGCUAAUGAGAGAAGCAACUCUGAAACAAUGAUGGCACUAGAAGAUUCUUCUAGGACUUUUAUGGAAGGCACCUCACCUAACGAAACUCUUGUUUCACUACCGUCUGUACCUCCAUAUACAGGCAGUGAAGAGAUGGAGAAAGAAAUCGCGUAUCCUGAUGGAAAGGUUGAAAGGGUUUUAAAAAAUGGUUGUCACCUCAUAUUUUUCCCCAAUGGGACAUGGAAAAAAGUGAGUUCUGAUGGGAAGACCAUAACUACAACCUUCUUUAAUGGGGAUGUGAUGCAGGUUAUGCCUGAUCAAACAGUGAUCUAUUAUUAUGCCGAUGCUAAGACAACGCAUACUACAUACUCUGAUGGCUUAGAGGUCUUGCAAUUUUCAAAUGGGCAAAUAGAGAAGCAUUAUCCUGAUGGCAGGAAAGAGAUUACGUUCCCUGAUCAAACUAUCAAAAACUUGUUUCUGGAUGGGCAAGAAGAAAGUAUCUUUCCAGAUGGUACUAUUGUUCGUGUUCAGCGUGAUGGAAGCAAAACUAUAGAGUUUAAUAAUGGCCAGCGAGAACUGCACACAUCACAGUUCAAGAGACGGGAGUAUCCAGAUGGCACUGUGAAGACUGUGUAUAUGAAUGGACACCAGGAAACAAAGUAUGUCUCUGGGAGAGUAAGAGUAAAGGACAAGGACGGUAAUAUUAUCAUGGACACUAAGCUGUAGUUGGUGCAAAAACUACUGGAAGUGUUAGCAGCAAAAAUAAAUGUACAUUUCUGUAAACAAAAAGAAA